CAGGGCUCACUGGAGGGGCUUAGGACAUUCGGAAGGUGCGUAAUAAUGCGACUAAGACCUCCGCUUUUCUGACCUUGCGAUAUAGGGGCGACGUCGCGGACAGCCAGCAGCACAGGGCAGGUUGCGAGCGAGGAGGGGAGUGUGAACGUCGCGCGAAGAGAACUACGAUCAGCGCCACAGCAUCUCCUCAAUGAAUACUACAACACGCAGUGAAAGGGCCCGCCGCCAUCGCCCCCUUCCCCUCUCCUCCCCUUCCCUUCCCUUCUCUUCCCCUUCCCUUCCCCUCCUCGAUCAACCUCAUCACCUUUAUGCCCCCUCCCCUCGUCUCCUCCCCAUACCGGUCUGGCCCUUGACCUCAGCUAUUCCCCACUUACAUUAUCCUUCGCCUCCUUCAAAACAUAUAUGCACAUUUAUACCAGUAAGUAUGCACAGUAGAUAGUGUUCAAUAUAGACAUUCGUGUUCCU